AUGAAGAGACAUAGCCUGGACCAAUGGCUGCAUGUGAAGAAGAGAUCAACAAGCGUCUCAGGUUCAACCUACUUGGACUGGCCUGCGCGGUUUCGGAUUGUAGUGGGAGUAGCCCAGGGUUUCUCCUACCUGCACCAUUACUGCUUACCACCCAUUAUUCAUCGAGAUGUGAAAUCAAGCAAUAUAAUACUAGAUUCUGCUUUUAAUGCAAAAAUUACUGAUUUUGGUUUGGCCAGGCUGGUGGUUAAGAAGGGAGAAGAGACAGCAUCCGUUAUGGGUGGCUCUAUCGGCUAUUUAGCUCCAGUAUUUUCAAACAGCCAGAUUGAACGAGAAAAUGAUGCUUACAGCUUUGGGGUUGACCUUCUUGAACUAACAACUGGGAAGGAGGCUCAUUUAUGGGAUGAAAAUACAAGCCUAGCGGAAUGGGCAUGCAGACACAUGACUGAAGAUAGACCUAUAGUCGAUGCUUUGGACAAGGAGAUCAUGGGAUCUUCUUGCCUGGAUGAAAUGAUCAUUGUUUUCAAACCUGGGGUCAAGUGUACAAGCAACUGCCUUCUGAUAGGCCUUCCAUGA